UGGAGCAUGCAGGAUAUCAGAGUGCCUUCCGAUCUCCAGGAUGGCGAAAUUUUGGUCGAAAUGGUUGCCACUGGCAUUUGCCACACAGAUCUCUCGCUCACCUCGCCAAACAUGGGCCAAACAUUUCCCAUGGUACCUGGUCACGAGGGAUCGGGCUACGUACGAGCCGUAGGUCCUAACGUGACCAAACCUGUCUCACCGGGCGAUCCUGUCCUCUUGUCGUUCGAUUCCUGCACAAAAUGCGAAAGCUGCCGAGCAAAGCGCCCAGCGUAUUGUGACACUUUCGCGCCCAUGAACCUCCUGGGAGAGUCAGACGUAUUCAAAGAUGGGAAGGACGGCUCCAGUGCCGUUGGAGGCAAGUUCUUUGGGCAUUCGAGCUUUGCAAAAUUGAGUGUCGUGAAAGAGACGACAGUUCUUCCUGCUAAAGACCUCAUCCGAAACGAAGACGAUCUCAAGUUGUUUGCUCCUUUGGGCUGUGGAAUACAGACUGGAGCCGGGUCAAUCUUGAAUCUGGUGAAGCCUGGGGCUGACGACGUCGUCAUGGUCCUUGGGCUCGGAGGAGUCGGUCUGAGCGCGGUCAUGGGGGCCCGCAUCGCUGGCUGCAGAAGAAUCGUGGCCGUUGACAAGGUACAGUCGAGGAUCGAUCUGGCGAAGGAAGUCUUCGGUGCCACGCAUGGUCUCAACACCACGGGCCUCGCAGAUCUUACAGCAGCGAUGCGUGAGGUCUCUGGUGGACGUGGUCCAUCCGUCGUCAUUGAAACCACGGGAUUUCCGCCGGUGCUGGAAGCGGCUUUCCAUGCUGUUGACACUAAGGGCUCUUUCGUACAGGUUGGAGGACCUGCGGAUCCCAGCUAUAGGAUGUCGACAGACCUUGUGGAUAUGCUCUUUCGUGGUAUCAAGCUGUUCGGAUGCGUUGAGGGCGACAGUGUCCCAGAAGACUUUAUUCCGCAGCUCAUCGAGCAUUAUCGGGCCGGCAAGCUGCCUGUUGACAAGAUGGUGAAGUACUACCCUGCUGAGGACUUCAAAGUGGCUUUACUCGACAUGCAUACUGGAAAGACCAUUAAACCGAUCCUGGUAUGGUGAAGACAUUACUGUGCCAUGAAAGCGAUAGGUUUGGACGGAACAUUUGAUUCAAAUUACAAGAUACUUGGA